GAGCCGGUGUGAUUAGCUUCCCUAGACCUCAGAAAACCUGUCCAGUGGGUGUGAGGGGGCAUUAGGUGGCUAAAUAGGGGACAUUAGUGGGGGACCCCCUCCUUAUAAGGGCCUGGCUCCCACUUCUCCCUCCUUAGACCCCGUUCCCAGCUGAGGCAUGGGCUGGGCUGUACCAGGCCCCAGGUGGAAGGGAGGCCACCAGGCUUUCACCCAGUCUAGCUCUGGGGACCCUGGGAAAAGGAGCUGGGAGGCUCUGCUCGUGCGCUGUGUGCCUGCCCGCCCACCCACCGCCUGCUGCAAAGCCCGGAGCCGCCGCUGGGAGAGGAAGUGCAUUCGGUUACCAAUCGGGUUAUUUUCAUAACGGCUGUCUCAGGCUGCGGGGAGGAGGGUGACAAGGGGGAGGGGGCAGAGGAGCAGCCACGGCCGCUCACUCUCCAAACUAGGACUUGCUCAGCAGAGGCCGGCGGCCCGGAGCUGGAGCCAGAGCCUGGCCUCGGGGACCCCAGCUCCCGCCUGCUUGCCCCACUCCUGCCUGCGCCCUGCCUUCCAGAUCAGCCACCCGCCUGCCAUGGAGACCUUCUUUAGGAGACAUUUCCAGUGGAAGGCGCCAGGCCCCGGAGAGGGGCAGCGGCGGCCCAGCGGCGUGGGGCUGCCCACGGGCAAGGCUCGGCGUUGCUCCCCCGCCGGGCAGGCCUCCUCCUCACUGGCACAGCGGCGCCGCUCCAGUGCCCAGCUCCAGGGCUGCCUCCUGAGCUGCAGGGUGAGGGCCCGGGUUUCCAGCCGCCGGCGCUCCAGUACCGUGCCCCCUUCCUGCAACCCCCACCUCAUCGUGGAUAAGGUGCCCACUCCACAGCCUACCUCUGUGGGGGCCCAGCUUCUGGGCACACCCCUGCUGUUGGCCGGGCUUGUGGGCAUGAAUGAGAAGGAGGAGGAGAAGGGUGUCCAGGAGGAUGUGGCAGCUGGGGCAUCGAGCGCCACCCAGCCAGGCACCAAGACACCAGGGCCACCCCUCUUUCGGGGCGCCCGGCCACUGUUGCCCCUGCCCCGAUGCCUGCGCCGAGCCUCCUCCCACCUACUCCCCGCGGAUGCCGUAUAUGACCACGCUCUCUGGGGCCUGCACGGCUACUAUCGGCGCCUCAGCCAGCGGCGGCCCUCAGGCCAGCACCCUGCCCCUGGGGGCCGAAGAGCCUCAGGCACCACCGCCGGCACCAUGCUGCCCACCCGUGUGCGCCCACUCUCCCGCAGGCGCCAGGUAGCCCUACGGCGCAAGGCGGCUGCACCCCAGUCCUGGAGCGCCCUGCUCGCGAAAGCCAUCACCAAGUCCGGCCUCCAGCACCUGGCUCCCCCUCCGCCCGCCCCUGGGGCCCCGUGCAGCGAGUCAGAGUGGCAGAUCCGGAGCACGGUGGACUGGAGCGAGUCAGCAACAUAUGGAGAGCACAUCUGGUUCGAGACCAACGUGUCGGGGGACUUCUGCUACGUGGGGGAGCAGUACUGUGUAGCCAGGAUGCUGCAGAAGUCAGUGUCUCGGAGAAAGUGCGCAGCCUGCAAGAUCGUGGUGCACACACCCUGCAUCGAGCAGCUGGAGAAGAUAAAUUUCCGCUGUAAGCCAUCCUUCCGUGAAUCAGGCUCCAGGAACGUCCGUGAGCCAACCUUCGUACGGCACCACUGGGUACACAGACGACGCCAGGACGGCAAGUGUCGGCACUGUGGGAAGGGUUUCCAGCAGAAGUUCACCUUCCACAGCAAGGAGAUUGUGGCCAUCAGUUGCUCGUGGUGCAAGCAGGCAUACCACAGCAAGGUGUCCUGCUUCAUGCUGCAGCAGAUCGAGGAGCCCUGCUCCCUGGGAGUCCACGCAGCUGUGGUCAUCCCGCCCACCUGGAUCCUCCGCGCCCGGAGGCCCCAGAAUACCCUGAAAGCAAGCAAGAAGAAGAAAAGGGCAUCCUUCAAGAGGAAGUCCAGCAAGAAAGGGCCUGAGGAGGGCCGCUGGAGACCCUUCAUCAUCAGGCCCACCCCUUCCCCCCUCAUGAAGCCCCUGCUGGUGUUUGUGAACCCCAAGAGUGGGGGCAACCAGGGCGCGAAGAUCAUCCAGUCUUUCCUCUGGUAUCUCAAUCCCCGACAAGUCUUCGACCUGAGCCAGGGAGGGCCCAGGGAGGCGCUGGAAAUGUACCGCAAAGUGCACAACCUGCGGAUCCUGGCAUGCGGGGGCGACGGCACGGUGGGCUGGAUCCUCUCCACCCUGGACCAGCUACGCCUGAAGCCACCGCCCCCUGUCGCCAUCCUGCCUCUGGGUACUGGCAAUGACUUGGCCCGAACCCUCAACUGGGGUGGGGGCUACACAGACGAGCCCGUGUCCAAGAUCCUCUCCCAUGUGGAGGAGGGGAACGUGGUGCAGCUGGACCGCUGGGACCUCCACGUCGAACCCAACCCGGAGGCAGGGCCUGAGGACCGAGAUGAAGGCGCCACUGACCGGUUGCCCCUGGACGUCUUCAACAACUACUUCAGCCUGGGCUUUGACGCCCACGUCACCCUGGAGUUCCAUGAGUCUCGAGAGGCCAACCCAGAAAAAUUCAACAGCCGCUUUCGGAAUAAGAUGUUCUACGCUGGGACAGCCUUCUCUGACUUCCUCAUGGGCAGCUCCAAGGACUUGGCCAAGCACAUCCGGGUGGUGUGUGAUGGAACGGACUUGACUCCCAAGAUCCAGGACCUGAAACCCCAGUGUGUGGUUUUCCUGAACAUCCCCAGGUACUGUGCGGGAACCAUGCCCUGGGGCCACCCUGGGGAACACCACGACUUUGAGCCCCAGCGGCAUGACGACGGCUACCUUGAGGUCAUCGGCUUCACCAUGACGUCCUUGGCGGCACUGCAGGUGGGCGGGCACGGCGAGCGGCUGACGCAGUGCCGGGAGGUGGUGCUCACCACGUCCAAGGCCAUCCCCGUGCAGGUAGACGGUGAACCCUGCAAGCUCGCGGCCUCUCGCAUCCGCAUCGCCCUGCGCAACCAGGCCACCAUGGUGCAGAAGGCCAAGCGGCGGAGCACUGCCCCCCUGCACAAUGACCAGCAGCCGGUGCCCGAGCAGCUGCGCAUCCAGGUGAGCCGAGUCAGCAUGCACGACUACGAGGCCCUGCACUACGACAAGGAGCAGCUCAAGGAGGCCUCUGUGCCGCUGGGCACUGUGGUGGUCCCAGGAGACAGUGACCUAGAGCUCUGCCGCGCCCACAUCGAGAGACUCCAGCAGGAGCCCGAUGGUGCUGCAGCCAGGUCCCCGACGUGCCAGAAACUGUCCCCCAAGUGGUGCUUCUUGGACGCCACCACUGCCAGCCGCUUCUACAGGAUCGACCGGGCCCAGGAGCACCUCAACUAUGUGACUGAGAUCGCACAGGAUGAGAUUUAUAUCCUGGACCCUGAGCUGCUGGGGGCAUCGGCCCGGCCUGACCUCCCAACCCCCACCUCCCCUCUCCCCACCUCACCCUGCUCACCCACGCCCCGGUCACUGCAAGGGGAUGCUGUCCCCCCUCAAGGUGAAGAGCUGAUUGAGGCCGCCAAGAGGAACGACUUCUGUAAGCUCCAGGAGCUGCACCGAGCUGGAGGCGACCUCAUGCACCGAGACGAGCGGAGCCGCACGCUCCUGCACCACGCGGUCAGCACCGGCAGCAAGGAGGUAGUCCGCUACCUGCUGGACCACGCACCCCCAGAGAUCCUCGAUGCUGUGGAGGAAAAUGGGGAGACCUGUCUGCACCAGGCAGCGGCUCUGGGCCAGCGCACCAUCUGCCACUACAUUGUGGAGGCCGGGGCCUCGCUCAUGAAGACGGACCAGCAGGGUGACACUCCCCGGCAGCGGGCUGAGAAGGCUCAGGACACCGAGCUGGCCGCCUACCUGGAGAACCGGCAGCACUAUCAGAUGAUCCAGAGGGAGGACCAGGAGACGGCUGUGUAGCGGGUUGCCCAUGGGCAGCAGGAGGGACAGCGGCCAGGGGACGAGCGCCCUCCUUGUCCAACUUACUGCCACAUUCCAGUGGGACGGUUACGGGGGGACCCAGGCCCCAGGGAAGGAGCCCCAUGCCGCCCCCUAAAGAGCUGCCCAGACCUAGGGCUGGACUCAGGAGCUGGGGCCUCAUCUGACCCCUUGAGGCCCCCGCCGGACACGGAGGCUCACAAGGGACCAGGACACGGCUGGGUUGGACAUGCCUUGUGGGGGUUCUGGGGCAGGGCGCUCCCUGGCCGCAGCAGAUGCCCUCUGAGGAUUGGAGGGUCUGGAGAGGGAGGGAGGCCUUCGGGAAGAGGCUUCCUGGGCCACCUGGUCUUUGGCUGGGCCCCCAGCCCCCGCUCCCGCCACACACCCCCUCCCCUGGGCUUCCUCCCGGAAGCUCAGCGCCUGCUGCAUUUGCCCGCCCUGUCCUGCUUGGCACCCGCUCCGGCGACCCUCCCCGCUCCCCCGUCUUUUCAACGCGGACUGUGCGGCCUGGGGGUGGGGGGCGGGAAUCUCGGUGACAUGUUUACAGCUGGGUGUGACUCAGUAAAGUGGAUUUUUCUUUUCU